CCGGCCCUGGUGCAGAUGCCCAGAAACGGCCGCUUUGUGCCCGUCACGCCGCCCCUCCCUCCCCUCUCUCCUGCUGCUGUGACGAAGCGGCAGGUUCGCUCGUCAGGUUUAUCCGGAGACUUCAGCCGCUGUUUGGUUCCCCCGCGUCUGUCAGGCCCUGCUGUCGACUACAGAGGAUUUUCACCUCUGGUUCCGAGUUCAACAUUCACGAUAAUGCCCACAAUAAAGUUACAGAGUUCCGAUGGGGAAAUCUUUGAGGUGGAUGUCGAGAUAGCCAAACAGUCUGUCACUAUCAAGACAAUGUUAGAAGAUUUGGGAAUGGAUGAUGAAGGAGAUGAUGACCCAGUUCCCCUCCCAAAUGUAAACGCUGCCAUCCUCAAGAAGGUCAUUCAGUGGUGCACUCAUCACAAAGAUGACCCCCCUCCUCCUGAGGACGACGAGAACAAGGAGAAGAGGACAGAUGACAUUCCUGUAUGGGACCAGGAGUUCCUCAAAGUGGACCAGGGCACCCUGUUUGAGCUCAUUCUGGCGGCCAACUAUCUGGACAUUAAGGGUCUGUUAGAUGUCACAUGCAAGACGGUGGCCAACAUGAUCAAAGGUAAAACCCCAGAGGAGAUCAGGAAGACGUUUAACAUCAAAAAUGACUUCACAGAGGAGGAAGAAGCCCAGGUACGCAAAGAGAACCAGUGGUGUGAAGAGAAGUAAAUAGGAAGAUCCUGCCAACACUACCACACUGAAAAGGAUUGUCCCUGCUAACUGGUUGCACUGGCGUUGUUCAUACUUGUUAAUAUUUACAUUUAGUAUAUUUAGAUCCACACUUCCUCCCUCUCCUCUCCUCUCUGUUUCUGUAUACUGAUAGCAUGACCAUUUUAACCAGCCCGUGUGGUGUUGUUAAUUUAAAUAAAGCUCUUUCUUUGUUUGCACACUUCUGUUGUGUAUCCACAUAAAAUGAAUAGCCCUGGCUUUAUGGCUUAGGAGACAGUCCUUUCAGACUCCCCCACACCUCCUCCCCCCCAUCAUUGAUUGCUAUGGUUGUCUUUUUUUACUGGACAUGUUUGUUCUUUUAGGUUUAAUGAUUGAAAUAAAAAAUGGCUUUUUGGACAUUGGAAUUGAAAGGGUGAAUAUUUUAUUUUUUGCUCUGUAAAUGCAUCUGUUUUGUGAAACCAAGUUAAGAGGAGACGGUCAGUUUUAAAGGAAAGUGAAUCUGUUUUUUUUUUUUUUUGCCUAAUGUUUGGACUCGAUGUCAGAGGUGUGUGUGUGAGAACACACAGCACUGGAUAACUCAUUCCUGAUUCAUGUUGUAUUGAAUUGGAAGUGUGUCUCAUAAGCUGGUUUUCAGGAUGAUCAAAUACAUUGAAGGAGCAAAUAAAACAUACAAAACA